CCGGAUGCCUCGGCGAGCGCUCCCCGUCACGUCCGUCUCUCAUAACACACGUGAAGGACAAACAGAGGGUCCACGCUGUCCUGUCACUAACUCACAUGUUUGAUCAACGAGUCUGAUCUGUUUACCCACAUGUAGCAUGUCCCUUGGCCAGGAUGCUUCGUAAGAGUCAAACACUCAAGUACUUCCUCAGCCUGGUUCCGGGUAAACGUCGCCUCGGGACGUACAGGUUCCUCCCCGUCUUCUUCUGCAUCGGAGGAGUCAUGGAGUGGAUCAUGAUCAACGUGCGGAUCGGAAGAGAAACGUUCUACGAUGUCUACCGAAGAAAACAAUCCGAGCGGGGGUACCAGCAGAAGGUAACAGAUGGACUGAUUGUUGUCGAUGAGCCUGGAACCAAGUGAACAUCAGUCGGAUUUGAAGUGGACUAAACGUGUCGUAAAGGAAAUAAACUUGGACUCUGGUUUAUUACAACAACCGUAUCACAGUUAGAAGCUGUCAGAAAGACGCUGAUGAUCUCUUCCAACAUGCAGCUUUUAUUGUUUAUAUCUUUGGUUUAAGAAACAGCAACACACAAAAGCUGAAAAAAACAACAACAUAAUCACAACAAACGUCUCAUUUAUUCAUAACAACCACAACCAGAUCUCAGUAUUGGUUUGUCAGUGAAUCUGUAAAAAUGUUGCUUAACACCUGCCAAGACAGCAAAGUCUCAGCCCAAUUGUAACAGAAUGAAAAGCUAAUAAUGUGUGUAUUGCCAUCUUGGAAUGAUUUUGCACGAAUGUGUCUUACACUGGCAGAAAACACUGAUAAGAAACAGAUACAAACUCUGUCUUCCCGUCUGUUCAAUACUUUUGUCAUUUCUGUCGUAUUCUACAAAAAAGUUGCAUCAUCUUGAGCUGUAUUGUAAAUUUGAGUAAAUAAAAUGUAACUUAAGAACA